AUGACCCCAGAAAGACCUGUGAAAAAUGUUGGGAAGCAGAUAAAAUCACCACUGCAGCCCAGAGAAAAAGAAAAAGAGAAGAAGAUAACCAUGCUGCCUUGUCCCCAACCCCUGGGAGCCAACACACACAUCAUUGCAGGCAAAGUUUUGCAGCUCAACAAGUGUGGAGUUUCAAGGCAGUUGUCUAGUGUCUGUGGACCCAUUAAGUGCACUGUCAUUGGCCACUCAAAAUGGGCCACAAGACACUGUUGUGGUGUUGUCAGGAUGAGGACAAGAAACAGAAACCACAGCCAAGUCAAAGAGAAGCAAACAGGGAACACAAUCAACCAGCAUACACUAUCAAUCAGGAUCAAGCACACCAAUGCACAUACAGCCUACUAUGAUGUCACCAUGCCCCUGGAGAUCCAGGCACUAUACCCACAUGUUACACCAGCACAAGUACACUCUGCUUGGAUGAAGAUGAGUGAAAUUCUCUGGAAAAAGGAUACCAAUCAGCUUACAUCAGCAAGAACACUAUUGGAUGAGUGCAGCAAUGAAGUAGACAUUUUUGACAUGAAGAUCCCAGAUGGGGUGGAGCAAAUAUGCUGGGGAAUGAAGAAAAUAUCUGGCAUGUUGGAAGGAAAGGCUGUUGAAAUUGCCCUGGAUGCAACAUAUAAUACAAAUGCAAAGCACCUAGAGCUAUAUAGUGUGCUUGCAGAAUAUGAUAAUGCUGGCUUCCCACUCACACCCAAUGUUGCCAAGUUUGAGGGCAGAGUCCUUCUGGAACAUGAUGAGAUCCCCCAUGACAACAUCAUGCCUUCACUGUCCAAUCACAUCCCAAAUCCAUCUUUCAGCAUCACUACCAAACCAGACAUCAGCCCAGAUGAAUCCAUCACAGGCACAGGCAGAGUCAUCAGCAACACAAAACUUACAAUUAAAGUAAAGGCACCAAAGCAACUGGAGAGCACACCAUCCUGA